GAGUCAGGAAAAUGUUGUGCCGAGUGAAAUUGAAGCUAUCAGAAAAGUCAAGCUGUAUCAGGAAAAAUCCCAUCCAAAAAAAGAAAAAAACUGUUGAUGUUAGCUCCUUGUUAAGUACAAGUGUCAUUUGCGAUCAGAGCAAAGGACAUCUUUUGAAGUUUGUCACGGGUGCCUGACGAGCCACACUACUGUGCAGUCGUGUCACCUUCUAAACCCAUAUAAUUCCCUACCCAAUUCCCUUCCAUAAACCCCUCUUGCAAUUGCAAGGGGUUGCAAGUAGCCAAGUAGCCUAUUCCCCUAGAGAAAUUUCAUCCCACGCCGACGCCGAAGGCCCUAACCGACCGCAUCGAUGCCGUCAAUCGCCGGCGGCGGGCCCGGGCGCCUCUUUGCAGCGCACCGGGGCGCGAUCUGGUGGCUCCGCCGCCGCCAGCACCCACCUUUCUCCUCCCUCGCCGGCGGGGGACGCCGAGGCGACGCGCCGCAUCUGCCGGUGCUCAUCGUCGGAGCUGGGCCCGUCGGGCUCGUCCUCUCCUUCCUCACCAAAUUCGGGAUCAAAUGCGCGGUGAUAGAGAAGAAUGUGGAGUUCACUCGGCACCCCCGAGCGCAUUUCAUCAACAACCGCACAAUGGAGAUCUUCCGCAAGUUGGAUGGCUUGGCUGGGGACAUCGAGCGGUCCCAGCCCCCAGUGGAUUUGUGGAGGAAGUUCGUCUACUGUACUUCACUCUCCGGUUCUGUUCUCGGAUCGGUUGAUCACAUGAAGCCCGAAGGCCAGUUCAGUUCUUCUGAUGUCGAGCAAUGUCUUGCACCUCCCUGCAUAGUUGUCUGACGACUACUUUUGGCAGAUUUUGACAAGGUCAUUAGUCCUAUAUCGGUUGCACACUUCUCACAGUAAUACUGUAUAUAACAAGACCCUGAAGCGCUGAUCUUACUCUAAAUUUCACUACACUGUACGGAGUAGCACAUGUCCAUAAAUCUGAAGCAACACUGGUAGUGGACUAGUAGUGUAGGUCCCUAACUCCCUAUGGAUGAGUUGGGAGCAGCCAGAAUGCUUUUGUCCGCCUUCGGAGCAUCAUCGAGUUUACGCAGUUGAUGGCUCGGCCGGCUGCUGCCAGUGGCGCAAGAGAGGUAGGCACUUUGCCCAUUACCAUGCACUUGCAGGAACCAGGGGAAGUGGAUUGCCGGAACCAGAAAAUUCUUUCAAGCAAAGGAAAAUGUGUGCUCCAUUACAAGUUGCAAAACUGCAAUGGCAAGUUCGGCAUCUUUUCUACUUAAAUGAUCCUCUGAUUGUUUGUGCGGGAAUCUCAAUGUGUCACAAAACUAUAUGAUGAUAACGUCCACACAAUUCUUUAAAAAAAAGGUUCACAUAAUGUUUUUCAUAUUCUGUUGUACUUGUUUGCAUAUUUAGUUGGCAUUGAACAUCAAUAUAUUAUUAUUUUGCUUUUACGAGUCUAAA